AUGUUGACCACUGGCUGCAGCAAUUUACAGCUUCUUCAAACAAAAUAUAAUGCACAAGGUGGAUACAAACGAAAGGGGGUUAAAGUUAUUUAUUGUGCUGUAUUCGAUUUACGUUUACAUUAAUUCAGCCUCGCUUCCGUUCAUGAUUCGAUGUAUGAUCACUUCCGGUAAUGGCGACGACACAUGUUAGAAGUUAUUAAAAGUUCUGUGUUGAAAUCAAAGAAUAUAUCUCCGUUUCUCGUGCCAUCCGAACACAACAUGGUGUCAGAAGUGAACAAGAAGAUAUAAACUGUGUCCAGAACGGAUAUUUAGCGAUCAGUGAUCAGGAAUUACGCGGAAAUAUGGCUACGAAUCUUCCACCACCGAAAGCUCUUUGUCUAUCGGGAAAUGCAAGUGAGAAUUUCAAGUUGUUCAAGCAGCAGUACGAAUUAUAUGUGAACGCCAUUGGAUUAUCUACUGCCAGUAAGGAAAGGAGAAGUGCUAUACUGCUAAAUCUCGCAGGUGAGGAGGCGCUGAAAAUCUACAUUGGCUUCACAUGGGCUCCAGCGGUAGGUGACCCCGAAGGGGAGGAACAUGUACCAGCAGAGGACAAACUGGAUCCGGAAUUAAUUCUGGAGAAAUUCCAGAGGUUCUGCACGCCGAAAACAAAUGUUACUUAUGAACGUUACAAGUUUCACAGGUAUACGCAAUCAGAAGGUGAGAGUUUCGAUAAUUUCUUAUCACAAAUUAACACUCUCGUGUCUACGUGUGCCUACGGUGAACUAAAGGACGAUUUUGUCAGAGAUAAGAUCGUAUUGGGUAUAAAUAGUGAUAAGGUCAGAGCACGGCUGUUGAGAGAUGGUGAACUGACUUUAGAAAAAGCGAUAAAUGAGUGUAGAGCAGAAGAAUGUUCUGGAAGGUGGGCUCAGGAUAUAAAAGGAGAGACUUCUAAAGUGCAGGCAGUUCAACAUAGGCGGAAAGGAGGCCCUCGUGACAAGGGACCACGUAGUAACGGGCAGCAAAGAAGUGCAUCAAAUUGCUCCCAGGCGUCGAAUAGCCGGUCAUGCCGGUGGUGUGGAAAGGAGGUGCACCCCAGAGAAAGAUGCCCUGCAAAAAAGACAGUAAAUGUAACAAGUGCAAACGCCCAGGACAUUGGGGCAAGGUCUGCAGGAGUAGUAAAGGAAAAGGGUCUGUACAAGAGGUAGCAGAAGUGCAGUCUGACUCAGAUGAGUACUACUUCUUAGGAAGCAUCAGUGAUGAAAGUUACUCUAUUGAGAGUAUCAACAACAGGAAACGUAGGAGUGCAUUGUUUACGGAAGUCCAGGUGUCAGGUCAGAGCCUGAAAUUUGCUGUUGAUACUGGAGCAGAUGUGACAGUCAUUUCCAAAGCUGUGUAUGAUACACAGUUUUCACACUUCAUUUUGCAGAAGCCUGACAGGCCUCUUAGUGGCCCAGAUCAAAGCAACCUUUCAACUCUUGGAUUCUUUACUGCAGAACUAAAGAAAGGUGAUCAGACAAUCACAGAGGAUAUAUAUGUGUUCCCCAAAGGCUCUCUAUUGCUAGGUAGAGACGCUUGUGCAGAUCUAGGUGUCGUUAAGUUCAUUGGAAAAGUUACGUCAGAUCCUAUCCAGUCAGUGGAGUUCGGAUCAAUGUUCAAAGGCUUAGGAAAGCUAGAAGGAGAAUAUAAGAUUAAGAUCGAGCAAAACGCAGAGCCAUACAGUGUGAUGACUCCCAGGAGGAUAUCUAUUCCACUACUUCCUCUAGCCAAAGCUGAACUUGACAAGCUUAUCGAGCUAGAUGUUAUAGAACGGUGCACAGAACCAUCGGAAUGGUGUUCUCCUAUGGUUGUGGUGCCUAAAGGAAAUGGCAAAGUGAGGAUCUGUGUGGAUCUCACGAAGCUUAACGAAGUAGUGAAGAGAGAAAGAAUCAUGCUCCCCACAGUGGAUUAUACAAUUGCUCUGAUGGGAGGUGCUAAGGUUUUCUCUAAACUGGAUGCCAAUGCGGGCUUCCACCAAAUCUGCUUGGAUGAAGAUUCAAGGAAACUGACCACGUUCAUCUCACCAUUUGGUCGAUUUCGAUAUAAGCGAAUUCCCUUCGGUAUCAAAUCUGGCCCUGAGAAGUUUCAGAGUGAGAUCUACCGAAUACUAGGUGGUCAACAAGGAGUGGUAUGUCUCAUGGACGACAUUGUCGUGUUCGGAAAGAACCAGGAGGAACAUGACGAGAGACUCGUACAGACAUUAACACGGCUGAAAGCAGCAGGUGUCACCUUGAAUAAGGAUAAGUGCCAAUUCAGCAAAAGCCAGAUUGACUUUCUAGGUCAUCGGAUCGGAGUUAAUGGUGUGGAAAGCUCUCCAGAGAAGGUUGAGGCUAUAUUGAAAAUGCGUGCUCCAGAGAAUGUGAGUGAGGUAAGAGGUCUGAUGGGUACAGUGAACCAGCUCAUGAAGUUUGUACCCAACCUUGCUACUAUGACACAACCUCUACGUGAACUCUUGAGCUCUCACAGUGCAUUGUGCUGGGGUCCAGCACAGGAACAGGCUUUUAAAGAGAUUAAACAAUGCUUGACGAGCAGCCCAGUGUUGCAAAUAUAUGAUCCUUCACUAGAGACCAAGGUGUCAGCAGAUGCGUCUUCAUACGGACUUGGCGGAGUGCUUUUGCAAAAGCACGGUGACAGGUGGGCGCCAGUGGCGUAUGCGUCCAAAAGCCUUCUGGAUGUAGAGAAAAGGUACGCCCAGAUUGAAAAGGAGGCCUUAGCUAGUACCUUCGCAUGUGAACGAUUCACAGAUUACAUUCUGGGAAAGGAUAUUAUACUAGAGACUGAUCAUAAGCCUCUUGUACCACUGCUAUCCACGAAGGAGUUGGAUCAACUACCCGUACGUAUUCAACGAAUGAGAAUGAGGCUCAUGAGAUACUCGUUCACACCUGUUCAUGUGCCAGGAAAACUGUUGUACACUGCCGACACGCUAUCCCGUUCUCCAACACCAGCCAAAUCAGGUGAUUCAUUUCAUGAGGAAGUGAACUUAUAUGCUCAUCAAGUCAUAGCUGGAAUGCCUAUCAGUGAUAGCAAAUUAGAUGAUAUUAUGAUCCAUCAACAGGAGGAUGAAGCAUGCAGGCAAAUUAUGAACUAUGUAGCUGAAGGUUGGCCUGAAAAACAUAAUGUCAAGGGUUUAGUCAGCCCUUAUUUUGCUCAUAGAGCAGAGCUGACAGUGGUUAAAGGGCUGUUGAUGAUGGGACCUCGAGUCGUUAUACCAUCGUCUAUGAAAUUGGAAGUCCUGGAUAAGAUCCACGACGGUCACCAAGGGAUUGUCAAGUGCAAGGCAUUGGCCAGAAACACAGUGUGGUGGCCAAGCAUGAUGAAGAAUAUAGAGGAGUUAAUUGAAAACUGUCGCAAGUGUCAGUCUAACAGGAAAAAUCCUCCAGAACCUCUAGUUCCUACCAUGCUCCCACAACGACCAUGGCAAUACAUAGCCACUGAUGUCUAUGAACUCAAUAAAAGACUGUAUUUAGUAAUGAUUGAUUACUACUCCAGAUGGAUAGAGGUAGCUAGUCUGAGUUCAACCGCCUCAGCAGAGGUCAUAGACAGGAUGAAACGUGCAUUUUCCAGAUUCGGAAUUCCAGAUCAAGUAAAAUCUGACAAUGCCAGCUACUAUACAUCAAGGGAAUUUAAGAUGUUCACUUUAGAUUACGGGUUUCGACAUGUCACUAGCAGCCCAGGUCAUGCUUCAGGCAACGGUGAAGCAGAGAGAGCAGUGCAAACAGCUAAACGUCUCCUAGCUGGCUGUCAAGAUCCUUAUCUUGCUUUGCUACAGUAUAGAGCGACACCAUUGGCUAAUGGUUAUUCUCCAGCUGAGCUAAUGAUGUCAAGGAGGCUAAAACCAAAGUGCCGGUGGCCCCGUCUCAGCUGUCCCCAAACCUUGUGCAGAAUCAUGCCCUACGUCAGUUUGAAGACAAUCACAAAACCAAACAGAAGCUGCACUUUGACAGAAGGCAUUCAGCGAGGCCUCUUGUUCCCUUAGAGAAGGGAGAUGAAGUGAUGGUACAAGACAGAGGACAGUCUGGAAUAGUAGUGGAGAAGUGCACACCUCGUUCUUAUGUGAUCCAUACGGACACUGGGUCAUAUAGAAGGAAUAGAGUACAGAUCAACAAGAUACCACCCCACCCCAGCUGCAGCUACAUCUCCAGCCAAACCCACACCGGUGCCAGUACCUCCAUCACCUAAACUUCCUUCACCCCAAACUGCUAACACUGCAGAAGGAACUGGCACAUCAAAAGUGUACACCAGAUCUGGCCGUCAAUCUAAGCCCUCAUCUAGAUCGAAGGAUUAUGUGCCAUAAGUGAAGUUAUACUUUCUGGCCAGAUUUUCUCUGGUUUCUCAGACAGAAAGUCAUAACUAUGAACGCGUAUUCUAGUGUGUGUGAGACUUAGUGCAGAGACAAACGACAAUAGCUACCCAGGAUGUGUUUCUUAACAAAAUGACGAUUACUUGAGGACAUUGGAUUGACGUUGUUUUGAUUUUGAAUUUCACGCUAGAUAAGAAACAAGUAUGUCUAAGUAGUUUCUCUUUUAUUAUCUUAAAGGGGGAGAUGUGCUGUAUUCGAUUUACGUUUACAUUAAUUCAGCCUCGCUUCCGUUCAUGAUUCGAUGUAUGAUCACUUCUGGUAAUGGCGACGACACAUGUUAGAAGUUAUUAAAAGUUCUGUGUUGAAAUCAAAGAAUAUAUCUCCGUUUCUCGUGCCAUCCGAACACAACAUUUAUGCACAGUGGUAUAUUUGCCAAUGCAAACGCAAAAAAUUGACAAAAAAGCAAGUCACUGAAAAAGAGGCUGCACUAAAAAGAAAACAAAAAAGGCAUGGGACACACAAGAACAACAGUAGCAUGGAAGGCUGUGACUUGCACUUGUUAUCGAAAGCACGGGAGAAGAAGACUGAUUGCAACAGCAAAAUGUCCAUCAAGAUCAACAGAAACAAGAAAAUGCCCUAUCAGUGUGAAAUAGACCUUUGGUGGAACCACAAUCACAGUGUGCACUGCUUUCUUUUAACUUCCUUUUGCCCUAUUUUGCCAGCAACAAGAGACAAAUUCUGUACUUACUUUGAGGAGGGCAUGAGUGCCUCAGAGGCAUUUCAUUAUCAUGAGACUCAAUUGAUGAAGGAUCCAGUAACUCUGAUGCUAUUGGCUGACCGCAAAAUGUGUCCUUCUCUACCUGAUGUAAACAAUUUGUAUGGGAAAUGGUUGAUUGAAAAGAAGGGGCCGUCCAAUGGAUCAGCAAUGUUCGAUCAACUUGAGAAAAUUGUUGAGGAGUACAACAGGAAAAAUGCUAACAUAGGAGGGAAGUGUUUCUUGCUAAGGGUCCAGGGUAAUGGUGCUGACCAAAAGCAUUUGAUAUUAUCUAUAUGCACCCCUCUCAUGUCACGUGUACACACAACUAAGCAGGCUGGAGAGAUGGCAUUUAUGGAUUCCUCAGGGAGUCUUGAUCGAUAUAACAAUCCAGUUUACUUUAUGUGUACUCAUCAUCCCUGUGGAGCACUACCUCUUGCAGUCUGGGUAACUUCAAGUCAAUCCCAAUCAUGCCUGGAAAGCUGCCUAGAACAAUUGAAAGCAAUUCUUCCAAGCCAUGCUUUUGGAGGAAAGGGUCCUGAAAAAGGAUCAGACAUUUUCAUGUCUGAUGAUGACACUGGGCAAAGGCAAGCUCUGAGAGUGCACUGGAAACAGGCAACACUCCUUUUGUGCAUCUUUCACUUUUUGCAAGCAACUUGGCGGUGGCUAGUGGACUCCAAGCACUCCAUUUCAAAAGAUGACAGGCAGCACCUUAUGUCCAUAAUGCAAGACCUUGUGUUUGCCAAGACACCCCAGGAAUUUGAAGAAAUCAAGGACCUUCUUGUAUCAGACACUAUUUUACAGAAAUAUUCUCUGUAUCAAGGGUAUUUGAACAAAGCUAUUGAUAGAAGGAAGGAAUGGGCACUUUCUUACAGAACAGAUCUCAGAACAAGAGGCAACAAUACAGACAACUACACAGAAUCAAUGAUCUUUGUUUUCAAAUGUGUAGUUCUCAGAAGAAUGAGAGCUUACAACCUUAUUGAGCUAUUCUGGUUCAUCACUGAAGACCUAGAAAUGUACUUCCAACGAAAGCUUCUCUCCUUGGCUUUUGGUAAACCACAAAAUUUACACCUUGCAGCCCGUUGCUUUGGAAGAACUGCAAGCUCUGUUAGUCAAAGUACCAUAACCAUAGAUGAAAAGAAUCCAUGCAAAUUCCAUGUGCCAAGCAGAGAUGACAACAGUACCAUCACAUACAUUGUUGAUUGCACAUCAGGAACCUGUACAUGUCAGCUGGGAGUCAGUGGUAAUGCAUGCCCUCACCAAGCAGCUGUGGCUUUAAAAUUAAGAAUCAACAACAUAAACUUUAUUCCCCAAACUGCAAAGGAGAGAUUCAACCUUGCUAUCCUUGCUAUUGGAGACAAGAAGAAUUUCAGUGUUGGCCAGUUUGUAAGCCUGCACCAAAAGGAAAUUGAAAGUAAGCCUCCUUUCUAUGGAGACCAAGAAAAGGAUGAAGAACAACAAACAUUACUACCCAUGCCUGACUCUCCAGAAACUGAGACCAUGGAAACCAAUGAUGGCAUUAUUGAUGCUGGUACAGAUGCUACUCUGCCAAAUGAUGAAGUAUCACUUGACCAAAUCAUUAAGCUUCACCAACAAGUUUCCCAAGAUAUUGAGUACAAGCUCAGAACAAGUGACACCAACUUUCGCCUCUGCUACUAUAACUACCUGACUUUGUAUAGGAAAAUCAUUUCAAAGUGUAGGGGCCAGGCACCAGUUGCUUCACUUGCUUCUGCCUAUGCACAGUUUGGAAAGGAGAGGGGUGGAAAUUAUUUACCAGUCUUACAUAACAGCUCCAGAAUUAAAGUGCAGCCAACAGCUAUUUCCAGAAGGAAAUCUGGAAUUAAAUCUGCAAGCGCACAACCAAGUGGUCGUCACCCCAAAUUAUCAGACAGUCAGAGAGAAGCCAACAUGAAAGUUCGUAAAAAAUUCAACAAUCAGAAAAGAAGAAGGAAUCUUUCACACAAUGUUAGAAAGAAUUUACCAAAUGCUAGGCCUAAAAGAUAG